AUGUUCUCACUACUGGUCAAAGAGAAGCUCUAUAUCAACGAAGUUGUUCUCGGAACAGCUUGCGGCGUCAUAUUUGGACCGUACUGCGCUAACGCAUUCAACCCACGCUCCUGGGGCGGAGACGUGAACACCAUUACGCUCGAGGUUACGAGAAUCACUCUUGCUGCUGGGCUCUUCGCCAUAGGUGUCGAACUCCCACAAUCCUAUCUCGCUGACCAUGCCAAGAGUCUCCUCAUCAUGGUCGUCCCCACCAUGGCGUUCGGCUGGUUAGUGGUUGCAGCGGUGAUCUUCGUUGUGUUCCCUAAUCUCAACUUCAUCUCCUCCAUGGUCAUUGCGGCAUGCUUGACGCCUACAGACCCCAUCAUCUCGGCCGCUAUCGUCGGGGGCAAGUUUGCUACCAAGCAUGUUCCACUGAACCUUCGUCGCCUUCUCUCGGCUGAGUCUGCUGCCAAUGAUGGCCUCGCCUAUCCCUUCCUCAGUAUCUCGAUAUAUCUGACAAUUGAAAGCUCCACCCGAGUCGCCGUCGGAGAGUGGUUCCUUGUGGGUUGGCUAUAUCAAGUGAUCCUGGGCACCGUUAUCGGUGGUGUUUUGGGCCUUGGUUUCUCCCACUUCAUGAAGUUCUCGCACAAGAAGGGCUUCAUUGACAGAGAGUCUUACGUAGCUCAGUAUCUGGCAUUAGCUCUGUUCACGGUCGGAAUCACACGCACGCUGGGAAGUGAUGACCUACUCGCUGCCUUCGCCGCCGGCUCCGCUAUCAGCUGGGACGGCCACUUCAACACGCAAAUCGAAGACGAGAUCUUCUCUUCGGUCAUUGACCUCGUGCUGAACUGCGGCUGUUUCAUCUAUAUCGGCGCUUGGAUGCCGUUCAACAUGUUCAACGCGCCCGAGCUUGAUCUCACACCUUGGCGGCUCUUCAUCGUGUUCCUCGCUGUGAUGCUAUUGCGUCGGAACCCGCCACUUUUGUUACUCUAUCCAUGGGUCCCGGAGAUCGCUUCAUGGAGAGAAGCGCUCUUCUCCGGUCACUUUGGUCCCGUGAGUGAUAUCCUUGCAGAUACCAUUCCUCAUAUGGGUGUCGGAGCGAUUUUCGUCUCCACGUUGGCCGUUACGGAGUUACCGACUCCUCAAUCUCCGCCGCAAGAUCAGGCUGAAACGCUUGCUGCGACGCUACAAGCCAUCGUCUCCUUCGUCGUACUCGGAUCAAUCAUCAUACAUGGCCUGUCCAUCCCGUUCUUCUCCUUCGGGCGCAAUGUCCGCUCGCGGACUAUCUCGCUCUCACACACAUGGACUUCGCGCACCACGAACACGCCAGACUGGCUGCUCUGGGCCCGCCGCACUCCCGCGGAGAUCACUCGACCGGGCUCCCCAAUCACGGAGGAGCGAGACGUGGAGCGAGGGACGCAAGAAGUCAACACUGGGUUGACCGGGCCCGUGACGAUGUCGCGGAAUGGUGCGAAAAUGGAGGAGCGCGUUCCUGAACUGGGCCCGGCGGCGAUGCUUAGCGACGUGACGGCGACCUUGCCGCCGGCUCCCCGGUCGCACGAGCUGAAGGAGGAAGAGAGCACGAGCGCGGUCCAUAUUCCAUGCGAAGACGCUACCGCAGACGACGCACGAACAGCGACACAACUGCCCUCCCUCACCCUCAACGUCCCAAGCCGCGCCAUUCGCAGCCCCAACGCGUCCCCCGUUCUCGUAGCGUCCGUCGACGAGCUCGUCCUGCCACCUUCCGGUGCGCAGACCCCCGGUGACGUUUCCGUCCCACACACGGACUCCGGCGCACAGACGCCCGUUUCCUUGUCCGCACGCACGGUCCACUUCCCUGCCGAGGACGAGAUCGCGACGCACCUUGCCGCGAAGGGCCGUGCGCUGACAUCCACGAAAGUCGUGCGUUUCCCCGAGUCCCUUACCGGCUCCGCAGGAGUGGUCCAGGACGCUCCAUCCGUCCGUCCGCCUGGUGCCGACUUGGGUGUCGUGGGUGAGGGCGCCGGAGGAGUUGAGACUAGCGAAGCGGAUGGUGCGCUUGGCGGAACGUCUUCUUCCGUCGUCCCUCAAUAA